CCCAAGAACUACAUUUUUGUAGCCCGGUGUUAAAUUUGUCAUUCACAAGGCGUCGACUGCAAUAUUUCGUCAUUUACCCAGAAGCGGUUUUUUUGGGUAACAAAAGACCAACAAAUUAAAUUGAAAGUAAAAGAGAAGCGAAGAGCAGCAAAAUGACCGUGCUGUGUCGCACCUGUAGCCAGGAUGCGGAGCACGCUAGGAGUCUCUUCGACAUGAAAGGCAGCGACGUCCUGCAAAAUAUCCUGAAGCUGACGGGGAUUUGGUUAAGUGACAAGCCCGGUGUGCCUUCAAGGAUUUGUUUAUCCUGUCUGCGAGACCUCAACAAAGCCAUUGCCUUCCGGGAGCGCUGCAUUAAAACAAACGACUCUUGGUUCGAGGAACAGGGCUCACAAGCGGACUUAGCCCCUCCAUUGAAAACCGAUAUUGACAGAAAAGAAAUUACAGUGCAACAAGUGCCAUUAAAAACAAACGACUCUUGGGUCGAGACACAGGACGCGCAAUCGGAUUUAGGUACUCCAAUGAAGUACGACAGUGACAAAAAAGAAAUUAGAGUGCAACUUGUGCCAUUUGAUACCUCACAGAAACCAAAAAUGGCUGUGCUGCGGAAGAUUUCAUCACAACGCAGCUGGAGACCGGAUUUGACUGACGUGUCUUGUAUUGGUCCCGUGGAUCCACUAAGGUGCGAGGACAUUAUCCAAGUGAAUAAACCGAAAAUGGCUGUGCUGAGGAAGAUGCCACAACAACCCACAAGGAAACCGGCCGAGAAGAUCAUAUGCAACCUAGUUAAUUUUUUUUCUCGCUCCGAAGUCGCUUCUGUUGAUGUCGUGAAGUCCCUUAGGCCCCAGGAUAUUAGCCAGGUGAACAAACAAAAAGUACCUGUGCCAAGGAAGAUUCUACCACAUCGCUCCAGGAAACGAAAUGAAUCUCCGUCUAAGACCAUGGGAAACCUUAUAAAUUUUUUUUCUGACCCUGAUGUUCCCUCUGUAAGGAAGAUGUCAACACAACGCACUAGGGAACCAGAUGAGACUGCGUUUAAGUCAAGAGACAACCUUGUUAGGUUUUUUGCCGAACCUGAAGUUUCUUCUGUUAAUAUUGUAGAUCCAGAAAGCCGUAUUGAUAUUAGCCAGGUGAAGAUCAAACCAAUUAAUAUCUCACAAAAACAAACAAAAAUUGUACCGGCGAAGACUUCAAGGCAAUGCAUUAAAAAACUGGAUGAGACUCGGUUUACGACCAUAGAAAACAUAAUUUAUCAAUUGGCUGGCCCUGUACCCUCUUCUGUCGAUCUAAUGGAUCCCCUGAGAUGCGAGGACAUUAUUAAGGAAAUGAACGAGCCUCUUCUUUCAAAUGAGGAUCCUGAGGACUCCAAAAACCAAGAAGUCAUAGAAGAGGACUAUGGAAACCAAGAAGUCAUCGACGAGGAAUACAAAAGUCAAGAAGGCGUGAGAGCAGUACCAUCUUCCAAAAGAAAAAAAGUGGAAUUUUUCUGCGAUCAGUGCGGCAGAUCCUUCACCGAAAAAGGCAAUUUCAAUCUGCACCUCAAGCGGCAUUUGGGGAUCAGAGAGUACCAGUGCAAGGAAUGCGACCGUAGGGAGAUCUCCCAACAUUUGCUCAAUCUGCACGUACGGAUCAAGCAUCGCGGUGAAAAGCCUUAUGUGUGCAAGUACUGCGGCCAGCGGUUUAACAACUGCCUCAGGCGGUUGGACCACGAGCGAAACCACAAAGAGAGCCCCGACCACAGGCCGUACGUGUGUCAUGUCUGCAAUAAGGCUUUUAAGAAAAAAAGGAUGCUUAACCACCACAGAGUGGUGCACACAGGCGAACAGCCAUACCACUGCGAGCUGUGCCAGUCACAUUUCAAUCGGAAGAACAGUCUGCGGACCCACUUCAAAUCCAAACAUCACCAAUCGAGAGUCGAGAAGCAGGCGAAAAUACUAUAUGGCGCAGACACAUCUUUGCUGGAGGAUAAGUGAAGCACUUGUUCACAUUUUGUUUUGGUUAUUAAACUGUUAAAAUCUUAGAAAAAUGAAAUAAGUAAGUUUAAAGUUUACUUAUUUAUAAUUUUUUGUACUAAGAAAAUUUGUUAAAAAACGAUUUGUCUUUUUGAACUUUUUAAAACAAGUAACCAAAUGGAAUAUUUAAAAUUCGCGCCAUGUGAGCAAACUAGUUCUCAAUGUACAGUAGUGGCCGUUGAAAAGUACAGGCCCAUGUAAAGACUUCCAAUUUAAAUACAAAUAUUUACAUUUGGAAAAUAAA